AUGUGGCGUCUCAAUCUGAGUGUUUUUGUGAGGCGCAGUCGGAGCAGCGCUGAGUGCGGCUCCUGUCUCACUCGGGACGUCCCGCAGAGAGGGAUCCAGGAGGGCUCCCAGUGCACCAAGUGUAAGAAUGAAUGGGCAUUGAAGACCUCCAUCGCCCUCCUCUAUGUGCUGUGUAUGCUUCUCACCAUCGCUGUGGCUGUGCUCGGAUAUAAAGUGGUUCAGAGAGUGGACAGUGUGUCUGAGGGCAUUGAAAACUAUGAAGAGAAGAUUAUUGCUGUGGAGACCGACCUAAAGAAGCUGGAUGAUCAGACAGGAGAGAAGUCUGAGAACACCUCCACUGAGAUCCAGGCCUUUCGGAACAGCAUCUGGAGCCUGCAGCGGCAGCUGUCGCAGGUGCAGCAGAACCUGCACAGUGAGCAGAGUCAGCUGACGGAGCUGCAAAGCACUAGUGAGCAGCUGCAGCAGGACCAGGGCUCUCUGCGGGGCUCAGUGGACAGCAACAGUGCCAGUGUGCGCUGGGUCAAUGGCAGUGUGCAGACAUACAGCAGCAUUAUGGACGGUCUGCAGAGCGACACAGAGCGGCUGCAGACAGAGCUGCAGCAGCAGAGCAGACUCCAGAACCAGGCUGUGCUCAGCAUCGGCUCUCUGAACAUCAGUCAGGCCCAACAGAGAGACCUGAUCUCUGCUCUGCAGCGCUCUGUGGAAGACACCAGCCAAGCUAUCCACAAAAUGCGCAGUGACUUUCAGACACUGGAGCAGAUGACACGGCAGACGCGCUCUGACACUGACUGGCUCCGCAGCAAAGUAGAAAACCUGCAGGUGGUGGCCACCAACGCAUCCACUCAGGCCAAAGCCAACCAGGACGGGCUAGAGGAGGUCAACUCUCAGCUCAGCUACAUGAGCAUCCUUCUGCAGAACACCAGCUCCAAGACUGAGGCUCAGGACCAGGCUCUGCGGGAGCUUCAGGACCAGCACAGGGACUUUGGAAACUUGACCGUUCAGAAGUUUGAGCGUCUGGAGACCAAGGUCGCCUUGUCUGAGCAAAGCAUGGACCAAGUGACGGGAAACAUCAGCUUCACCACACAACUGCUGGGAUCUAUUAACCUGAACCUGAACCAACUGCGCAGCUGCUCUGAGAGCGUGAGCCAGCACACGGAGCUGCUCCUCAGCCUCAACAACAGCGUGGCCGACGUGAGGGCCGACAGCGGCACUCUCCGCUCACAGCAGGAAGAACUGGUCGCACGCUUGGACAAAGAGGUCACCAGUCUGUCGAUAGUCAUGGAGGAGAUGAAACUAGUGGAUAGCAAACACUCACAGCUCAUCACCAACUUUACCAUCUUACAGGGGCCUCCUGGGCCUAGAGGACCACGAGGGGAAAAGGGGGGCACAGGACUGUCUGGUCAACCUGGACAGAAAGAGGAGAGCAGGGUAUCCCAGGUCCUCCAGGUCUACCAGGGCCAAAGGGACUUCCAGGUGUUCCCGGAGUCCCAGGAUCCAAAGGUUCUCGGGGGUCAGGGGGCAGAGCAGGCCCUCCAGGCUCAAAAGGUGAGCCAGGGUCUGCUGGUUUGCCUGGGAGAGAUGGACAGCCUGGUCCUCAGGGUGCUCAGGGGCCCCCAGGCAUUGGAGGGGCCACUGGACUUCCUGGUGAGCAGGGUCUUAGAGGCUUACCAGGACCACCCAGUAUCACAGCAGGACGAGGCUGUGGCGCCGUCGCUGUCAGCUCCAGGAUGUCCAGACGAGUGGGUGAACCACAAGAGCAAGUGCUAUUUCUUCUCCAAAGAUUUCCACACCUUUGAUGAUGCAAAGUUGAGCUGUGAAUUAAAGUCUGCUUCAUUGUUAAUCAUUCGAGACACAGAAGAACAUAAAUGGCUGAAGAAUGAAAUCUAUGGAAAGGGUUAUUUCUGGAUGGGCCUCACUGACAGAGGAGAGGAGAGUGUGUGGCAGUGGCUCGAUGGGACCGAACCUUCAUUCACGUCGUGGAAGCCUGGGCAGCCUGAUAACUGGGGUCAUGGGCAUGAAGUGGGGGAAGACUGUGCUGGCCUCAUACACGAUGCACUGUGGAAUGAUUUCUUCUGUGAAGAUCUCAUAAGCUACAUUUGUGAGAGAGAUAUUGAAACCUCGACCUCUUCUGGAAGAUAA